AUCAUGGCAAAUUCAACUGGAAGCCCAGGGCUCCAGGGACCACAGCAGACGGUUUUCCCCGAGAACACAGAACACCCAACGUCUGCUACCAUCCGGUCAAAGCAGCCUGAGGAAAAGGGACAAAACAAGAGAAAAGAGAAAAGGACAGACAGCAGUGCCCCAAAGAGGAGCAAGAAGAAUGACACCAGAAGAAAAGAUGGAUCGCUGGACGACUGUGCGGAGGCAAAUAAUAAACGAAGCCCCCUUUCCGCACCCCCUCGCAUUCCUCUAAGAGACCUGAUGGAGGCUGAGACAAAGUUAGUGUUCGGUGACGAACAGGACAUUACCCACAAGUCCCUGGCCUGCACCGCCACACAAUUAAUGUGUCAAGCGGCUGAAAUAGGAGGGCCUCCGAGUGGACCUAAUCUCAGCUUUCUGCCUCAAAUUGACAAAUGGCUCGAUGUAGCUUUACAGGACGCCAACUCGUACUACCAACUGAAGAAUUAUGCCACUGCAGCCAGCCGUUUCACUGCUGCACUAGAGCUGUGUUCCAAAGGUGCUGUGUUUGAGAAACAUUUAAAUGCUGAUUAUGAAGAAAUUUGUAAAGUUGCCAGCUUCAUUGAGUCCAGGAUUGUGGCCUGCUAUCUCCGAAUGAAACUGCCAAACCCAGCAUUGCUGCAUUCCUACAGGAGUAUCCAGCUAAACCCCAUUCGUUUUCAGAACCACCUUCGACAGGCUAUGGUGUAUCGACUGCUGGGAAACCCCUGUGAGGCAGCAAGGGGCGCCAUGAUUGCUGACUACAUUUACUGGCUGUCAGGAGGCAACAACCGGCACAUAAGCAAGCUCAUCAAACUGUAUUGGCAGGGGCUCCUGGAGGAGGCGCUGAUUACGGAGGAGAAUUUCUCAGUCAUGUUCACUCCCUGGUUUGGAAAGCCAUCCUCAAACACGAUCGAGAAAGCAGAGGAGGCCUUCCGGAAGCUUCACCCAGCCUUCACAGACUACAUAUUUACCGACCCGCGUGGAGGUCAUUUGUUGCCCCAGACGACGGACUGGAGUCAGCCUUCACCCACACAGAGUUACUUCCUCACCCUUGGCUUCAGAAGGAGCGAGAACGGAGACUUCCUAAAUAAACUGCUCCACAGGAGCUGUCCCGCAUUCACAGGUCAAAGAUCUCCAUUCACCUCUCCCAGCUUCAGAGACUUGGAAAAGAUGUAUGAGAUGCAAGGAAAGAAGAUCCUGCCAGUUCUAGAUUUUAUUAGGUGUACCAAGCUAAGUGUGGGCUUUUCCACAGGAUCUGGACUCAUAGAGAGGCUUCAGUAUGCUAGUGUCCUGGGACAGCUGAAUAGGUUCAGAGAGCAUACACAUGUACUACAGUACACACUGGCUGAGUUGGCGGUCGCACCCUACCUGCAGGACAUCGGUCCUUCUGAUGCAGAGCUGCUGCUGGCUCUAAUGGCAGACACCAUGGACACCCUUGAAGGCAAGCGGUCUGAUCAGGAACGUGUGUGGAAUGCAAUGCAAAAGGUGGAAGCAGUGAAGGAUAUGCUUUACCAGUUAGAGGAGACCUAUCUGAAGAAGAAGGCACUGAGAGCCACCAGACAGCAAAAGGCUAAAGAGAAGAAAGCCCUAAAAAAGACGUCUCCCAGGAGUCCCGCCGCACCACCCCAGGGUGAACCAAAUGCAGUGGCCCGACCCUCAGCCCAGUCAUCCAAUAAGUGA